CACUUCCGUUGUACAUUGCACCAAUCUCUCCGUUCCGCCUGCCGAAGUCGCAGAGUCUGGAAUUGGCACUUUCCUGCAGUGACCCCGCCACCGGCCGGAGAGGUGAGACCGGAGAGCAUACCCCCUCCAGGAACAUCUGGAUGGAACCAUGAUAAAGAAUGUUCCGGAAAGGGAAGAAAAGACACAGCAGCAGCAGUUCUCAGAGCAGUGAAAUAAGUACGAAGAGCAAGUCUGUAGAUUCCAGCCUCGGGGGACUAUCCAGAUCCAGCACCGUGGCUAGCCUGGACACAGACUCGGCCAAGAGCUUCGGGCAAGGAAGUGGCAAUUCCGAGGCAUGUGCUGAGUUCCGGGUGAAGUAUGUAGGAUCUAUUGAAAAGCUCAAACCAGAAGACUGUGAUAAUCUCCAGGGACCCUUGGAUCUGAUAAAUUAUAUCGAUGUGGCGCAGCAAGAUGGUAAAUUGCCUUUUAUGCCUCCAGAAGAAGAAUUCACUAUGGUCGUGUCUAAGUACGGAAUCAAGGUGUCUACGUCGGAUCAGUACGAUGUUUUACACAGACAUGCUCUCUAUCUGAUCGUCAGCAUGGUGUGUUAUGAUGAUGGGCUGCUGGCCGGAAAGAGCUUGUUGGCUCUGAAGACCAAAGAUCCCUGCGAGGAUCGGUACAGCUUGUGGGUGUAUCAGUGUCACACUUUGGAACAAGCACAGACUAUCUGCAAGGUCCUCUCCACCGCAUUCGAUGCUGUGUUAGCCGAGAAGUCGCGUGUUCCUUCAGAAUAGCCCUAUGAGGGCAUCGCGCCACCCGCCGUGCCUUACCCCUCAGGAUCCUCAAUGGCCUUUUACCAAAUCAGACCGUACACAGUAUCUGCAGUGCAGAUCCUUAUACUGAGUGGGGACCGGGCUGGGACCUAAUGCCUUCUGUGUACAUCAUUCAAGCAUGGCAGCAUUUUUGAAGAUGCUAUUGAGUUUUCUGUUACCCGAUGGAUAACCUUCCUCCUUCUACAGGCUGCACGAGGGGCCGAGCACCGAAGGACCAUAACACAUCUUAGCCGCAUCGCCGUCAACAAGAAUGAGCCAAUCAGGGCUCAGUAAGCAGGACA